AUGCCGCAGCCUUCAGACGGGCCUGAUGGCAUGGAAGAUUCUGAUGACAUGAUGGAGUCGCCGUCGCCUGAUAUUGACGAUGUUUUGACCGGAGGUGCCGAUGGCGUUCCUGGCGAAUCGGAACCGGCUGCAACUGACGACUUGUCUGAUUUGAGCCCUAGCCCCUCACUUGAUGAUGAAGGUGAGGACGAUGACGACUCAGUUUGCUUCCCGGCAAACGCUCUCGUCGAAUUGGAGAAUGGCGCUACUAAGAUGAUGAGCCAAGUCCAGCUUGGCGAUCGCGUCAGGGUUGGGCCUAAUGACUUCUCGGACGUCUUCAUGUUCACGCACAAGACCGCUGCUAUCAAGUACAGCUUUGUCACCCUCGCCACCCAAUCGGGCCAUACCCUUUCUCUUACAAAGGGCCAUUACUUAUACGUUAACGGUGUCGUCGCUGCUGCCAAGACUGUCCGCUCUGGUGAUUUCAUUACUCUUGCUGAUGGUACCACUUCCAGUGUCACUCAAGUGGGCACCGAGAUCGCCCGUGGCUUGUACAACCCGCAGACAGUCCAUGGAGAUAUCAUUGUCAACGGCCUCCUUGCCACCACCUACACCACCACUGUUGAACGCAGCAUGGCUCAUGCUCUCCUCGCCCCGCUGAGGGCUGUCUACUCUUCCAUUGGCUGGUCUAUGUCUGCUCUCGAUGCGGGUGCCGACCGCCUGGCUGGUAUUGUUCCGAGUGGUUCUGUCGUUGCCUAAGUGCCUCGUUUGGACGCGUCCGUCCAUUCAUUCAUUCGUCUGUCAUUGUUGACGCUCAUCGUCAUGCAUUGAACAUCUACACACACGCCUGCGCUCAUGCUCACACACACACACAUGCACAACAACUCGUUGACUGGGUUUGACAUUUUUCGUGCCGCUUUCGUUUUUUUCAGUCAGGUAGAUGCUAGGGUCCCAUUCUCUCUCCUCCCUCUCCCCACUUUUCGCUCCCCUCUUCCCCGGCACAAGCCAUUUUCCCCUUCAUGCUAGCGGUGUAGCCCGUAUUUGCCGAGUAUAAAAGUGAUUGUAUAAAACAAUUCUAACCAUUC